AUCCACCACACUCAGAGAAGAAAAAAACAAAACCAAAGCUUUUCAAUUUCUCUAUAGAGAGAUCGAAUCGAGUCAAAGAUAAUGGAAGGCAAAGAAGAAGACGUUAGAGUUGGAGCUAACAAGUUCCCGGAGAGACAACCAAUCGGAACAUCAGCUCAGAGUGACAAGGACUACAAUGAACCACCCCCGGCUCCGUUUUUCGAGCCUGGUGAGCUUUCUUCAUGGUCCUUUUGGAGAGCUGGGAUCGCUGAGUUCAUCGCUACUUUCCUCUUCCUCUACAUCACUGUUUUGACUGUUAUGGGAGUUAAAAGGUCACCCAAUAUGUGUGCUUCCGUCGGAAUCCAAGGAAUCGCUUGGGCUUUUGGUGGUAUGAUCUUUGCCUUAGUCUACUGCACCGCUGGUAUCUCCGGUGGACACAUCAACCCGGCGGUUACUUUUGGUCUGUUCUUAGCCAGGAAGCUGUCGCUUACCAGAGCUCUGUACUACAUAGUGAUGCAGUGCUUGGGAGCAAUCUGUGGUGCUGGUGUGGUCAAAGGGUUCCAGCCCAAGCAAUACCAGGCUCUAGGAGGAGGAGCUAACACUGUGGCUCAUGGUUACACCAAAGGAAGUGGUCUUGGAGCUGAGAUUAUUGGCACAUUUGUCCUUGUAUACACAGUCUUCUCAGCAACUGACGCCAAGAGAAACGCUCGUGACUCUCAUGUCCCUAUUCUUGCACCACUCCCAAUCGGGUUUGCGGUUUUCUUGGUUCACUUGGCAACCAUCCCAAUCACUGGCACAGGCAUCAACCCAGCUAGAAGCCUUGGAGCUGCAAUCAUUUACAACAAAGACCAUUCAUGGGAUGACCACUGGGUGUUUUGGGUUGGACCCUUCAUUGGAGCUGCACUUGCUGCUCUUUACCAUGUGGUUGUCAUCAGAGCCAUCCCUUUCAAAUCCAGAAGCUAAGUUAAAACCAGACAUCAUCAAGUCUCCUGGUUUCUUGUCCUUAGUUGCUUCUAUUGUUGAUCUCCAUGUAUGUGUGAAAUGUGUUUAUCUAUGUGCCCACUUAAUGCAAUCUUUGUAAACAAGGAAGAAAUUCCCAAAAGGGAUUUAUUUGCAAAUUGUGAAUCUGUUUAUUACAAAUUUACAAUCAAAGAUGUUUAACAUG